AUGUUGAAGUCCAUGAGCGCGCCAGCCGCCGGCGAGGAGAAGCGGGUGAGGAAGAUCGCUCAGGCGAGCUCGAGGAAGGGCUGCAUGCGCGGGAAGGGUGGCCCCGAGAACGCUGCCUGCACUUACAAGGGCGUGCGGCAGCGCACUUGGGGCAAGUGGGUGGCCGAGAUACGGGAGCCCAACCGCGGCUCCCGUGUCUGGCUCGGCACGUUCGACACCUCCUACGACGCGGCCGUGGCGUACGACGCCGCGGCCAGGAAGCUCUACGGCCCCGACGCCAAGCUCAACUUGCCCCACUUAUACGAGGAUAAUAAGCCCCAGCUUCCGCCACAGCAGCAGUCUGCUGCUGCGGUGGAAGCCGAGCGGCAGAGCAUGGACGGAUGUGGCAGCGGCUGCGGCGGUGGAGAGUAUGUGAGUAGGUGUGGGAUACUGAAGGAUCUGGAAGUGAGCUUGCCGGAGGUGGAUGACUCGUAUCUGUGGGCGGAGGCGGCGAAGGGGACGGCGUUCAGGAUAGUGGAGGAGGAAGGGUUCGCCGCCAAUUUGGACGGAAACGGCGUGCCAUUUCCGUGGUUUCCUAAUUCGAUUUGA